AGUGUGUUGUUUGUUUCACCAUCGAUAAAGACCCUCUCUUUCCUUUCUCUCUCUAAAACUCUCUCUCUCUCUCUCUCUCUCUCUCUCAUCGCAACAUUAACGGCAUAUUCUCUUCCAUUUUCUCUCACUCUCUUUCCAUAGCUCUCAUAUUUAUCCGUUGAAGUUUGUAAAUUUUUUCCCCAUAACAAUUUAUAAGCCCUUUGAAUCCCUCGAGUUGUUUUUCCAAGAUCCGAAGUGGAACAUUUUUGAACACCAAAAAAAAAAAAAAAAAAAAAUUCCUGGGAUUCUCUCAAAUUUUGUGUUAACGUUUUUUUUUUUUUCCUUAAAAAAACAAGUGGGUUGUUUUUGGUUUUGAGAAAUAAUGGUGGUGAAGAUGAUGAGGUGGCGGCCAUGGCCGCCUCUGGUGACGAAGAAGUACGAGGUAAGGCUGGUGGUUCGGAGAUUGGAGGGUUGCGAUCUGGUGCGGGCGGGUGCAGAGAAAGGAGGAGGAGGAGGAGGUGAGGUGGCGAGAUUGACGGUCGAGAUUAAGUGGAAGGGUCCCAAAUUGGCUCUGAGCUCGCUGAGAAGGACAGCCGUGAAGAGAAACUAUACAAGAGAGGUGGAUGUAGAGGUGGAAGGUGAGCAGCACCAAGAAAACGGCGUCGUUGAGUGGGACGAAGAGUUUCAAAGCCUUUGUAAUCUCUCUGCGUAUAAGGACAAUGUGUUUCACCCUUGGGAGAUCUCUUUCUCUGUUUUCAAUGGCUUGAAUCGAGGUCUAGGACCAAAGAACAAGGCUCCUGUUGUUGGAACGGCUUCAUUGAAUCUUGCUGAAUAUGCUUCUGCAGCUGAUCAAAAGGAGUGUGAGUUAAAAAUCCCUCUCACACUUUCUGGUGGUGCUGCUGCUGAGCCUACUCCUUCACUCUGUAUAUCAAUAAGCUUAUUGGAACUGAGAACUGCUCAAGAAGCCAUGGAGCCAGAGCAGAGAUCAAUCGUGCCUGUUCAAUCACCAACCCAGAUGGGAGACAGUGUCUCAACGGAAAGGGAUGAGCUUUCUGCAAUUAAAGCUGGUCUUAGAAAGGUUAAAAUUUUUACUGAGUAUGUGUCAGCAAGGAGAGUGAAAAAGGCCUGCCGUGAAGAAGAGGGCAGUGAGGGUAGAUGCUCUGCCAGGAGUGAGGAUGGCGAGUAUAAUUACCCAUUUGACUCAGACUCACUUGAUGAUUUUGAGGAUGGAGAAUCAGAUGAGGUCAAGGUAGAAUCUACUGUCCGGAAGUCUUUCAGUUAUGGCACACUGGCAUCUGCUAAUUAUGCUGGAGGAUCAUUUUAUUCCAAUAUGAGGAUCAACAGUGGAGAUGAGGAUUGGGUUUACUACAGCAAUCGCAAAUCAGAUGUUGGGUGCUCAAACAUUGAGGAUUCAACCGCAUCUGUGCCUGAGCCAUCUCUAUCGCAAAGUUCAAGGCGCAGCAUACUACCUUGGAAGAAGAGGAAGCUGAACUUCAGGUCUCCCAAAGCCAAAGGAGAGCCAUUAUUGAAGAAGGCAUAUGGAGAGGAAGGUGGUGAUGACAUUGAUUUUGAUCGUAGACAGCUUAGCUCUGAUGAAUCUCUCUCUCUUGGGUGGCACAAGACAGAGGAGGAUUCCUCUGCAAAUCGAUCCUCAGUUUCUGAUUUUGGGGAUGACAAUUUUGCUAUAGGCAGUUGGGAGCAGAAAGAAGUAACCAGUCGUGAUGGACACAUGAAGCUUGAGACCCAAGUUUUCUUUGCUUCCAUUGAUCAGCGGAGUGAGCGGGCAGCAGGCGAGAGUGCAUGUACAGCUCUUGUUGCUGUCAUUGCCGAUUGGUUUCAGAACAAUCGUGAUCUCAUGCCCAUAAAGUCCCAAUUUGAUAGUCUAAUCAGAGAAGGCUCUUUAGAGUGGAGGAGCCUUUGUGAGAAUGAAACAUAUAAGGAGCGAUUCCCUGACAAGCACUUUGAUCUUGAAACAGUCCUUCAAGCCAAGAUACGCCCUCUUUCAGUAGUGCCUGGGAAAUCCUUUAUUGGGUUUUUCCAUCCAGAGGGGAUGGAAGAGGCAAGAUUUGGCUUUCUGCAUGGUGCCAUGUCCUUUGACAACAUUUGGGAUGAGAUUAGCCGCACUGGUUCAGAAUGUCCAAGCAAUGGUGAACCUCAAGUGUACAUUGUCAGUUGGAAUGACCAUUUUUUCAUCCUCAAGGUUGAGCCCGAAGCUUAUUACAUCAUUGACACGUUAGGGGAGCGGCUCUAUGAGGGAUGCAAUCAGGCCUAUAUCUUGAAAUUUGACAGAGAUACUGCAAUUUAUAAAAUGCCAAAUGCUGGACAAUCAUCAGAUGAAAACACAGCCAGUGAUCAGCAGAUUGUUACAGCAGCAGAACCCAAGAACCGGCAGGCUCAGCUGGCCAACAUGAAGGAAGAGGGUUCUGUAGCAGGGACAGUAGUAACCAAGCAUGAGGAAUCCUUAAAGAGUGAGGAAGAGGAGGUUGUAUGUCGAGGGAAGGAGUCUUGCAAAGAGUACAUAAAGAGCUUCUUGGCUGCAAUUCCAAUAAGGGAAUUGCAGGUGGAUAUAAAGAAAGGUCUGAUGGCGUCAACCCCUCUUCAUCAACGCUUACAGAUUGAAUUCCAGUACACACAGUUCUUACAACCACUACCCGAAAUUCCAACAGCUGAAAUGACUGCAGCUACAACACAAAAUGUCGAUGUUACAUUAGCAGAGGCUGCUACAUAGAGACUUACUGUAAAUUGUAGGAAGUGUGAUUACUCUGACUAGUUUUUUUCUUUUUCGAUAAUGGGGUGUCUUUUGAUGUGUAUUAGUUUAACAAAUAGGGAGCCCGUUUGAUCUUUUUGAGUGGUAUAUGAUAUGAGAGAUGGGGUUUGUGACUUGUCUCUUCUAAGUUGCACUGGAAAUGGCAGUCUGUAUUUUUUUGUGGCAUGUGAGUCCCUUGUUCUCCUUCUUUGAAAAGGGGUUUUCUGUA